UGCCGCUGAGGACAAAUUCAGCUGUCAGAGACGUGGUGUUCUCACUGGAGUGUCAGCCGGCUAUCAUGGAAUUAAACGAGGACAGCGCAGUAGAAAUUGACGUUUGCUGAUCCUUCCUGAAUCUCUUCUAUUUUCGUCGCAUUCUUCCUUUUGUGAAGGCACGGUCCUGGGUGAGGCAACAUGUCGGACAAGAUGUCCAGUUUCCUCCACAUAGGCGACAUCUGCUCCCUCUAUGCGGAGGGCUCCACCAGUGGAUUUAUCAGCACUUUAGGGCUUGUGGAUGACCGCUGUGUGGUACAGCCAGACACAGGCGACCUUAAGAACCCACCCAAGAAAUUUCGAGACUGCCUUUUCAAGCUGUGCCCCAUGAACAGGUACUCUGCACAGAAACAGUUCUGGAAGGCAGCAAAACCAGGGGGAAACAGCACCACUGACACAGUACUACUGAACAAACUCCACCAUGCUGCUGAUCUGGAGAAGAAACAGAAUGAAUCUGAGAACCGAAAGCUGCUAGGAACUGUAAUCCAAUACGGAAAUGUCAUUCAGCUGUUGCACUUGAAAAGUAAUAAGUACCUGACGGUGAAUAAGCGACUCCCUGCCCUGUUGGAGAAGAAUGCUAUGAGGGUGACGCUGGACUCUGCAGGCAACGAGGGCUCCUGGUUUUACAUUCAGCCCUUCUACAAACUGCGCUCCCUGGGAGACAGUGUGGUGAUUGGUGACAAGGUGGUCCUUAACCCUGUGAACGCUGGACAGCCCCUUCACGCCAGCAGCCAUCAGCUGGUCGACAACCCAGGAUGCAAUGAGGUGAACUCUGUAAACUGCAACACAAGUUGGAAAGUAGUUUUGUUCAUGAAAUGGAGUGACAACAAGGAGACUAUUCUUAAAGGGGGGGAUGUUGUUCGGCUGUUCCAUGCAGAGCAGGAGAAGUUCCUGACAUGUGACGACUUCAAGAAGAAGGAGUACGUCUUUCUCAGGACUACAGGACGCCAGUCCGCCACCUCCGCCACUAGCAGCAAGGCAUUGUGGGAAGUGGAGGUGGUCCACCAUGACCCUUGUCGGGGCGGAGCUGGCUACUGGAACAGCCUGUUCCGGUUCAAACACCUUGCAACAGGAUCAUACCUGGCUGCUGAGGUGAACCCCGACUAUAAGGAAGAAUGUCCUGAGCCCAGAUCCUCAUUGGACUCGGACCAUGAGGCCCUGAGAGCGCGUUUGCGAACCCCCCAGGAAAGGGUCAUGUACCAACUGGUGUCUGUUCCUGAUGGCAUGGACAUCUCCUCCAUCUUUGAGCUGGACCCUACCACCCUGAGAGGUGGGGACUCCCUAGUGCCCAGGAACUCUUUUGUGAGGCUCAGGCACCUCUGCACCAACACAUGGGUCCACAGCACCAACAACCCCAUUGACAAGGAGGAGGAGAAGCCUGUCAUGUUACGGAUUGGCACAUCAGCGGUUAAAGAAGACAAAGAGGCCUUUGCCAUAGUGCCUGUCCCCCCAGCGGAAGUCAGAGACUUAGACUUGGCCAACGAUGCCAGUAAAGUGUUGGCAUCCAUUGCUGGGAAACUGGAGAAGGGCACUAUAACACAGAAUGAGAGGAGGUUUGUCACUAAGCUUCUGGAGGACCUGGUCUUCUUCGUGUGUGACAUCCCCAACACUGGCCAGGACGUGCUGGAGAUCAUGGUCAACAAGCCCAACAGAGAGAGACAGAAACUCAUGAGGGAGCAGAACAUCCUCAAACAGAUUUUCAAACUUCUCCAAGCCCCGUUCACGGACAGUGGGGAUGGUCCUAUGCUGCGAUUGGAAGAGCUUGGUGACCAGCGCCACGCCCCCUUCAGGCACAUCUGCAGGCUCUGUUACCGGGUAUUACGACACUCCCAACAAGACUACAGGAAGAACCAGGAGUACAUAGCCAAGCAGUUCCGCUUCAUGCAGAAGCAGAUAGGCUACGACGUUCUGGCUGAGGACACGAUAACUGCCCUGCUCCACAACAACCGCAAGCUUCUGGAAAAACACAUCACGGCCGCAGAGAUCGACACCUUUGUCACCCUGGUCAGGAAGAACCGGGAGCCCAGGUUUCUGGACUACCUGUCUGAUCUGUGUGUGUCCAUGAACAAGUCCAUCCCAGUGACUCAGGAGCUCAUCUGUAACGCCGUGCUGGACCCAUCCAACGCAGACAUCCUCAUCGAGACUAAGCUAGUUCUGUCGCGCUUUGAGAUUGAGGCUGUAACAAUGGGGGAGAAUCCCAUAGAGACGGAGGAGGACGAGGAGGAGGUGUGGCUCUUCUGGAGGGACAACUGCAAGGAGAUCAGGAGCAAGAGUGUCAGAGAGUUGGCCCAGGACGCCAAGGAGGGCCAGAAGGAGGACCAGGAGGUGGUCAGCUACUACAGGUACCAGCUGAAUCUGUUUGCGCGGAUGUGUCUGGACCGUCAGUACCUGGCCAUCAAUAAGAUCUCUGGCCAGCUAGACGUGGACCUGAUCCUGCGCUGCAUGUCUGACGAGGACCUGCCCUAUGACCUUAGGGCAUCCUUCUGCCGCAUGAUGCUGCACAUGCACGUGGACCGCGACCCCCAGGAACAGGUCACGCCAGUCAAGUACGCACGCCUCUGGUCCGAGAUCCCCUCCAAGAUCGCCAUUGACAACUACGACAAUGAUGGGACCACCAGAGAUGAGAUCAAGGAAAGGUUCUGCCUGACCAUGGAGUUUGUGGAGAACUACCUGAUGUCUGUGGUGUCUCAGAACAUCCCUUUCGACGACAGAGAGAAAAACAAGCUCACCUUCGAGGUAGUGAACCUGGCAAGGAACCUCAUUUACUUUGGCUUCUAUAACUUCAGUGACCUGCUGCGACUGACUAAGAUCUUAUUGAACAUCUUGGAUUGUGUUCAUGUCAGCACCAUUUACCCCAUUACCAAGCUGGAGAAGGGAGAGGAAAAACAAGGCAGUAAUGUGAUGAAGUCUAUCCAUGGGGUGGGGGAGCUAAUGACCCAGGUGGUCCUUCGAGGGGGGGGCUUCCUCCCCAUCACCCCCACCCACCAGCCGGAGGAGGGUGUGGUCAAGACCCAAACAGAGCCGGAGAGGGAGGACAUCAUGGUGAUGGACACCAAACUCAAGAUCAUCGAGAUCCUGCAGUUCAUUCUGAAUGUGCGGCUGGACUACAGGAUCUCCUGCCUGCUCUGCAUCUUCAAGCGAGAGUUUGAUGAGAGUAACCCUCAGGGUGAUAAUACAUCGUCUAGUGCUAGUCAAGAUGGAAAUAAUAUGACAGGGGCUCUAGAUUUUGAGAACAUAGAAGAGCAGGCAGAGGCAAUCUUUGGAGGAAGUGAGGAGAACACCCCUCUGGACCUGGAUGACCAUGGAGGGAGGACCUUCCUGAGGGUGCUACUGCACCUCACCAUGCAUGACUAUCCUCCCCUGGUGUCUGGGGCCCUCCAGCUGCUCUUCAGACACUUCAGCCAGAGACAGGAAGUCCUCAUGGCUUUCAAACAGGUCCAGCUCUUGGUGACCAGUCAAGAUGUGGACAACUACAAACAGAUCAAGUCCGACUUGGACCAGCUGCGCUCCAUCGUGGAGAAGUCGGAGCUGUGGGUGUACAAGAGGCAGGGGGACGAUGACGGAGGGGACGGACCCUCAGAGUCCGACCAUAAAAAGAAGGGGGAUUCAGGCGGCUCUGACAAAAAGAAGGAGGAAAGCAACAGCAGUUACAACUACAGGGUUAUGAAGGAGAUCCUGCUGCGGCUCAGUAAGCUGUGUGUCCAGGAGGGAGCAUCGGGGAAGAAGAGUAAGAAGCAGCAACAGAGACUAUUGAGGAACAUGGGGGCCCACAGUGUGGUGCUGGAGCUACUGCAGAUCCCCUAUGAGAAGGGCGAGGACGUCCGUAUGCAGGAGAUCAUGAAGCUGGCUCAUGAGUUCCUCCAGAACUUCUGUGCAGGGAACCAGCAGAACCAGAUCCUGCUGCAUAAGCACAUCAACCUAUUCCUCAACCCAGGGAUUCUGGAGGCAGUCACCAUGCAGCACGUUUUCAUGAAUAACUUCCAGCUGUGCAGUGAGAUCAACGAGCGCGUGGUGCAGCACUUUAUCCACUGCACCGAGACGCAUGGCCGCCAUGUCCAGUACCUCAAAUUCCUUCAAACCAUUGUCAAAGCCGAAAACAAGUUCAUCAAGAAGUGUCAGGACACCGUCAUGGCUGAGCUGGUGAACUCGGGCGAGGACGUCCUGGUGUUCUACAACGACCGUGCGUCCUUCCAGACCCUGGUCACGAUGAUGCGAUCGGAGCGGGAUCGUAUGGAUGAGAACAGCGCUCUGAGGUACCACAUCCACCUGGUAGAGCUGCUGGCUGUCUGCACCGAGGGAAAAAAUGUCUACACUGAGAUCAAGUGUAACUCUCUGCUGCCUUUGGAUGACAUAGUGAGGGUGGUCACCCAUGAGGACUGCAUCCCUGAGGUGAAGAUAGCCUACAUCAACUUCCUGAACCACUGCUACGUGGACACAGAGGUGGAGAUGAAGGAGAUCUACACCAGCAACCACAUGUGGAAGCUCUUUGAGAACUUCCUGGUGGACAUAUGCAGGGUGUGCAACAACACCAGUGACAGGAAGCAUGCAGACACGGUUCUGGAGGGUUACGUGACAGAGACCGUCAUGAGCAUCGUCACCACCUUCUUCAGCUCGCCCUUCUCUGACCAGAGCACCAGUCUGCAGACUCGUCAGCCGGUGUUUGUACAGCUCCUGCAGGGGGUGUUCAGGGUAUACCACUGCAACUGGCUCAACCCCACUCAGAAGGCCUCCGUUGAGGCCUGUAUCAAGGUGCUCUCUGACGUGGCCAAGAGCAGAGCCAUCGCGAUCCCAGUGGACCUGGACAGCCAGGUGAACAACCUGUUUGUCAAGUCCAACAACGUGGUCACCAAGUCCAUCUUGAGCUGGAGACUCUCCGCCAAGAACGCCCCCAGGAGGGACUCCAACGCCACUGCGUCCGUUAGCUACAGGAACAUCAUAGAAAGGCUGCAGGACAUAGUGUCGGCUCUAGAGGACCGUCUGCGUCCUUUGGUCCAGGCUGAGCUAUCUGUCCUGGUGGAUGUGCUGCAUCGCCCAGAGCUACUCUUUCCUGAGAACACAGAUGCCCGCAGGAAGUGUGAAAGCGGUGGCUUCAUUUCCAAGCUGAUCAAACACACCAAGCAGCUACUGGAGGAGAACGAGGAGCGGCUGUGUAUCAAGGUGCUGCAGACUCUGAGGGAGAUGAUGACCAAAGACCGUGGCUAUGGGGAGAAGCACAUUGCCUUUGAUGAUGAGAUGGAUGUGGCUGAGCUGGCCCCUCUGCCGGCUGAACCUGAAGUCCCUGCUGCAGAUCUUGAUCCCAACCAACCCCAGAAGCAACUGGAGGACCAGAGAAGGGGUGAAGCUCUGAGACAGAUUCUGGUGAAUCGUUACUAUGGGAACAUCAAACCUGGGGCCAGAAGAGACAGUGUGACGACGUUCAGCAAUGGUCCUGUCCCCCCUGGAACAGAAGGGAAACCUCGAGCAGUGGUGAGUUCAGGGGCGGCCGCGGCCCAAGGGGAGCUGACCCUGCAUGAGGUCCAGUGCCGCCUGGAUAAAGAGGGAGCAUCCGACCUGGUAAUUGACCUCAUCAUGAACGCCACCAGCGAUCGUAUCUUCCAGGAGAGCAUCCUAUUAGCCAUCGCCCUGCUGGAGGGCGGUAACACGGUCAUCCAGAAAUCCUUCUUCAUGCGCCUGACGGGGGAAAACAAGUCGGAGAUGUUCUUCAAGGUGUUCUAUGAGAGGAUGAAGCUGGCCCAGCAGGAGAUCAAGGCCACUGUGACCGUCAACACCAGCGAUCUGGGCAGCAAAAAGAAAGAAGAGGAGCCCCCGGACAAGGACACGCCCACCGCUAAAGGAAAGAAAGGGAUGGAGGUGGCAGUGGUGUCUACGGUGGCGGUUGCCGUGGUGACGGAGGAGGUCAAGGAGCAACUGGUGGAGGCCUCCACAGUCACUAAGAAGGCGUUCACAAGGUACCGCCGUGAGGCCGAGGCCGAGGAGCAUCUGGCUGCCGCUGAGGGUCAGGGCCCCGCCAGCACUCCUGAUGACCAGGAAGGGGAGAUGAGUGUCAUUAUCACCAUCAUGCAGCCCAUCCUGCGACUCAUGCAGCUGCUGUGUGAGAACCACAACAGAGAGCUGCAGAACUUCCUACGGUGUCAGAACAACAAGAACAACUAUAAUCUGGUGUGUGAGACACUGCAGUUCCUGGACUGUAUCUGUGGCAGCACCACGGGAGGCCUGGGGCUACUGGGACUCUACAUCAAUGAGAAGAACGUAGGCCUCAUCAACCAGACAGUAGAGAGCCUCACAGAGUACUGCCAGGGACCCUGCCAUGAGAACCAGAACUGCAUCGCCACUCAUGAAUGCAACGGUAUCGACAUCAUCAUCGCUCUGAUCCUCAACGACAUCAACCCCCUGGGCAAGAAGAGGAUGGACCUGGUGCUGGAGCUUAAGAAUAAUGCAUCCAAGCUCCUCUUGGCCAUCAUGGAGAGUCGCCACGACAGUGAGAACGCAGAGAGGAUACUAUACAACAUGAGGCCCAAAGAACUGGUGGAGGUGAUUAAAAAGGCUUACAUGCAGGGGGAGGUGGAGCCAAAUGAGCCUGCUGAGGAAGAUGAAGAUGGCGAGGAAGAGCAUGCAGCCUCUCCACAAAACGUGGGCCAUAACAUCUACAUCCUGGCUCAUCAGUUGGCCCGCCACAACAAGGAGCUGCAGGCCUUGUUGAAGACCUAUGGGGAGGGGGAUGAAGCCCUGGAAUUCUAUGCCAAGCACACAGCUCAGAUUGAGAUUGUGCGGCUGGAUCGCACCAUGGAGCAGAUAGUCUUCCCCGUGCCCAACAUCUGUGAGUUCCUCACCAACGAGUCCAAGCUGCGGGUGUACUAUACCACGGAGCGUGAUGAGCAGGGCAGCAAGAUCAACGACUUCUUCCUGCGCUCUGAGGACCUCUUCAACGAGAUGAACUGGCAGAAGAAGCUGCGAGCCCAGCCCAUUCUAUACUGGUGCUCUCGUAACAUGUCCUUCUGGAGCAGCAUCUCCUUCAACCUGGCCGUGCUCAUGAACCUGCUGGUGGCCUUCUUCUACCCUCUGGAAGGAAUCCGCGGAGGUACCCUGGAUGGUCACCUGUCAGCUCUGCUGUGGAUCGCCAUGCUGGUUUCCCUGGCCAUUGUCAUCAUUCUGCCCCAGCCCCACGGCGUCCGGGUCCUCAUCGCCUCAACCAUCCUCCGCCUCAUCUUCUCUGUGGGCCUGGAGCCAACCCUCUUCCUCCUAGGGGCCUUCAACGUGGGCAAUAAGAUGAUCUUCUUGAUGAGUUUCGUGGGGAACAGAGGGACAUUCACGCGGGGCUACAAGGCCAUGAUCAUGGAUGUCGAGUUCCUCUACCACCUCCUCUACCUGAUCAUCUGUAGUCUGGGCGUCUUCGUCCAUGUCUUCUUCUACAGUCUGCUGCUCUUUGACCUGGUGUACAGGGAGGAGACGCUGCUGAAUGUGAUCAAGAGUGUAACCCGUAAUGGCCGCUCCAUCCUGCUGACAGCCGUGCUGGCUCUCAUCCUGGUCUACCUCUUCUCCAUCGUGGGCUACAUCUUCUUCCAGGAUGACUUUCUCCUUAACAUUGACAGGAUACCUAAUAAAACACUUGAGAGUGGAGCCAGUAUGGUGGGAGAGUUCCUAUCAGCAGAAGUGUGUCGGAAGGACAGUGGGGAGAACUGCUCCACAGAAGCUGUUGUGGAUGCUGCCAUAGCCACCCAGCCGUCGGCAGUAGUGAUCGAGGACAAGGAGCGGUCAUGUGACUCUCUACUCAUGUGUAUUGUCACUGUCUUGAGUCACGGCCUGAGGAGUGGAGGUGGUGUGGGGGACGUCCUGCGGAAGCCAUCCAAAGAGGAGCCUCUGUUUGCUGGCAGGGUGAUCUAUGACCUGCUCUUCUUCUUCCUGGUCAUCAUCAUCGUCCUCAACCUCAUCUUCGGAGUCAUCAUCGACACCUUUGCCGACCUCAGGAGUGAAAAGCAAAAAAAAGAGGAAGUCCUGAAGACGACAUGCUUUAUCUGCGGCCUGGAAAGGGACAAGUUUGACAACAAGACAGUGACAUUUGAAGAGCACAUCAAGGUGGAGCACAACAUGUGGCACUACCUGUUCUUCAUAGUGCUGGUGAAAGUGAAGGACUCCACAGAGUACACAGGACCAGAGAGCUACGUCGCUGAGAUGAUCAGGGAGCACAACCUUGACUGGUUUCCACGGAUGCGGGCCAUGUCUCUGGUCUGUAGCGAUGCGGACGGGGAGCAAAAUGAAAUCAGGAGCCUACAGGAGAAACUGGAGUCUACCAUGAAGCUAGUCUCCAACCUCUCUGGACAACUGACUGAGCUCAAGGAGCAGAUGACAGAGCAAAGGAAGCAGAAACAGAGAAUUGGACUGUUGGGCCAUCCUCAGCAUCCUCAACACGCCAACCCCCAGCAACCUGCGUGAGGCUGAGGAUGCCCCCAACCUAGCCACAAGACCCAGGAAGACCCACUUCUACUCCUGCUUUGUGUUUGCAUAGAGAACAGAGUGCAGAAUCUUCACUUAGUGGUCACUCCCGCCUUCAUACUGUAGCUACCGAGUGUGAGUGUGAAGCGUAACAGUAGGCAACACACUGACAUAGCUAGUCAUAUAAUUGUGAUAUGUAGGUUAGCCCACAAAGGUAUAACAAACAAGAACACUCACCAGACCCAGACACCCCAUCUUUUUCCCAGGCCAUUUGGGAUUGGUGCCAAAUGUUUUCUAUGUAGAAACGAAAGUGAAUUCUCAUUAUAUGGCCUUUACUGUGUGAACUUGAAAUACAGCAGUGCUGUACUGGACACAGGAAUAGGUAGUCCAACGUGAAGAUGACACUGAGAGACAUGGAAAGAAACAUCUUUUUGUAUAUACUACUGGUAUAGCAAGCAGUAUUUAAUGUCUUAUUUUUGUAUUUUGUGCAAUAUCACUACUUAAAUAUGCAACCACCUCCUUGGUGUAUGAAUUUAAGUUGUUCUUUAAGUCAUGCCUUAUUUAAUAGGGACAGAAAACAUUUUCAAAUGGGAGCUUUAUUUUUUAUUAUUUUGCUUCAAAUUAAAUAGGGACCUGUUGUUAGACUUCACAUAUGGAAAUUAUUCCAUGUAGAAUAGCUGUUGGCUGGACAGAUCAAGUUACAUGCAUUGUUCUGGGCUUUCUGAUUUUACUUGUUUUAUUUAUUUCAGAAUGUUUCAUAAAAAGUAUUUAAUACGCUUAAUAGAGAUAUAGUAUUGUCUGAGAGCAAGUAUAGGUCUUGUUUUCGGCUUCCUUUCUGCAAAUAAGAAUGUGUCCUACCUUGUUGUACUAUUUUAUGAUAUUUGCUUUCUUAUUUAACUGGGAUAGUGGGAGGUGUUAGGACAUUUCAUCCAAACAAAUGUAAUAUGUUAAAAUAUGACCAAGCUGUCAUGAUUUGUUAAACUUUCCACAUUUUAUUGCACUAAAUAUUAUUAGCAUCUAUCGUCCAGGUUUGUCAUGUUUUAAUUAUACACCUAUCAUGUGUGCCAUUUGUCCCUGUAAGACGUAUAUUUGGCUACUGAUUUACUAGUCAUUGUGUUUUUCAUUGUUUUAUUGUUCAGCACAUCUGUUGAGUUCUCAAUUCUGCUGUUUAAUACUUUUUUCAAGCCAUUGUUCUUGUAUAGGGACCUACGUUUUCAGAAAGGUAAUAUGGAAUUUAAAGCGGUGUUACUGGAAAUUAAUGUUUAAAGGACUAAUUUAAAAUAGUUAAGUACUGUCAGAAUUGUAAAAUAAUGUAGAGUUAUUUAAUAAAAUAUACAGUAUGUAAUUCUCCUUUA